GAAAAAGAAACAAGUAGUCGAGGCGUUCGUGGAAACAGGAAGCAAACAGGGGGAAAGCCGAGCAGAGGUGCUUGUUGUCAGAAGAAAAAAAACUUGAGAAGCGAGCGCUCUGUGUUUCCCCCCCCCGUUAUUCUGAGCUCUUUAAAGUGGCGGGGCAGCUGUCGGUCCGUUGCUUGGACACCGCUGAAGGAGGGAAGCGCGGUCGUUUCGCGCCGAAGUGGACGGACCAACGGCUACCUGAGCUGGGGUCUCGCUUUAUUCGCGCUCCCUCAGCGUCCACCACACUGGAACUAAGCCCACCUAUUGCUUUAAAGACAGGGCGCGACAUUCCACCGUUUAAACGCGGCCCUGGCCGAUUUUCCUGGAGUAUUUUGACGUCUGAAGAAGUCUUCGGUCCGUCUGACAGGAACCGUGCGCGCACAGGCAGCCUGAGCUAACGCGAGCUAGCGACUUAGCUGCUAAUGUCAACUAACAUGGAGGGAGAGGUGCGUGUGUUACAUAACAGCCAAACGCGAUUAAACCACCGACUUCUGACACCCAGCAAGCACAGUUAUGGACGUGAACUAAUCUCCAAAGAAUAAAGCAGCCCAUAAACACAUUGAUCUGGCAGAGAUGGAGUCGAACCCGCUGAUCAGCGCAAUGGAUCCGUCCAUUACAUUGUGGCAGUUCCUGCUACACCUGCUGGAUGAUCAGAGCCAGAAGCACUUGAUCUCCUGGACGUCUGGGGAUGGGGAGUUCAAACUGCUGGAUGCCGAGGAGGUGGCCAGACUCUGGGGGCUUCGCAAGAACAAAACCAACAUGAACUAUGAUAAACUGAGCAGGGCGCUUCGUUACUACUAUGACAAGAAUAUUAUUAAGAAAGUUAGCGGCCAGAAGUUCGUCUACAAGUUUGUGACCUUUCCGGAUCCCAACUCUGCCGAUGGGCUGAAGGGGCCUGAGGAUUCCCAGAGGGCUUCUACGGGGGAGAAAUUAGAGCUGUCCAUUCAGACCAAAUCUAACACAGGUGCUAACACCACCAACCCGUGUCUGUCCAAGAGCCUGCAGGUUCAGCGCUCCUCUCCUAGCUCAGUGCAACGCAGCUCCCGCAACGAUUACAUGAAGUCUGGUCUCUACUCCACUUUCACUAUCCAGUCCCUGCAGACGCCCUGCAAAUCUGCAUCCAAAUACAUCAAAACAGAGCAUGUUCUGAGUGACGGCAGCCCAAAACCUGCCAAUCUGGACCGCACAGUGCAUGAGAUGCGAAUGUGUCAGACAGAAGGACAGCAGGGAACUGUUCAGGAGAGCAGCAGUCUGCAGGUGAUAGUGACCCACCCGUCCCCAUGUGCUACACCCGCCCUCAGUCCACAGACGCCCUCUGGAUCUGCCACCGCAUCUACGAAUACUCAAGCACAGAAGAGCCAGAGUUUGGGUGACCCACCUCAGAUCUACUUGUCCGAUCCCAGCUCUCUGACCUCGCUCAUUCCUCUAGCUCAUGGAGAAUGUGUCGUCAACCCCUCUCAGCCUGUGUUUGUGGUCAUAAAGCCUUCUCCUGUCGGGCUGCACAAAGAGUCCAGCCUCUCGCCCGAAGAAGACUUGCUGGAGAUUGUCACUUUGGAUGAGAAAGGAGAUGUUGAGCCAGUGUCCACAGUGCCUGUCCCUGGAGUUACAGACGCCCCAAUCCCUGUGGAUGCUCCAUCACCCUGUGCGGAGCCGGUGGCCCAGCCGGUUGGAGAAGGGGAGGUGAAAGAGAAGCCUGAGCUACCUGUGGACACCAAUACCGCAUCAGCCUCCCUCCCGGCGAGCACACAGGAAGUCCAGCCUCCUAAAUCAAAGAAGCCACGUGUGCUGGAACUGCCAUCCUCGUCUACGCUGCUGCCCCCUGGACUCUCACUGGAAAAGGUCAAUGCAGCGGUGAACAACCUGCUGGCUCCUGGAAGUGCCACAAACACCUUAACACCAACAGUCAUCACCUCUCAUGCCCUGACUCCAGUGCUGUUGACACCGAGUCCGCUGCCAUCAACCAUUCACUUCUGGAGCACGCUCAGUCCAAUCGCUCCACGCAGCCCUGCCAAGCUCUCCUUCCAGUUCCCCUCCAACGGAAGCAAUCAGAUCCAGAUCCCAGCACUGAGCGUGGACGGCCUAUCCACACCUGUCGUUCUCUCCCCUGGUCCACAGAAACCAUAACUUGCGAUUUAAUUCCCUUAUCUCCUGCUGUGGUGAUUGGCUCCCUCCCCAGCCGAUGAAACGCUGAGGAUGGCCAGUGAAAGAUGGGACACUCCGUAACAAGUUCUGCUGCGAGUUGGGCGGGGCCUCCGGUCCAACGACGACUCGGCACGAGGAGUGCGCUCUCAGCCGUCCUUCCUGCGAUUGGUUGACGGAGCAGCCCGGUUCUGGGCUUGAUGGUGGCAUUUCAUAAACUAUUCGCUCUUUUGUUUCUCCCUUUUAUACGACGACCAUCAACGGUUAUUUAUUUAUUUCGGACGUUUCUUGGUGCGUCGUGAGAUGCGCGUUCCAGAAUUUGAAACUCGGAGAUCUCGCUUUGUUUUCGAUUUCUCACAGUAACGUUAUGAGUUAUGGACCAGACGAGGUAUCCUGCGAUUGAAUUCGAGGCAUGAAAUGCCGUUUACUUCACAGACGGAGCACAGCUUUCUUAAAAACUGCUCUUUUUUGGAAAUGGACAGCAUGCAUUUGAAAUCUGCCAGAUUAAAGUGCAAGUUCAUUUCUUUCUUUGGCAUUACAGAGACACAGAUACAUCAUUUUUAGCGUGUGACACACUUUUUGUGUUUUUCCAUGGACAAAGGAGUCCGUUUUGCUAAAGUGGCAUUGAAAAUGCCAGAGGAAUGUCACAGCCAUUCCCAGGAUUUGAGGAGGGAAAAGAUACAAAGAGAUUCUGAAUGAUCUGGAAUGUAUCGGAUCUUUUUCUUCUAGGACGUCAUUCCUUUAUUUCAGAACUUUCUUCUUCUUGUAAAUAUAUGUUGCACCCAUUCCAAGAUUUAAAAGAUUGAAUUUUUGGUUCUUGCUUUCAUGUUGUUUUUGUUGUUCUAUCAAGGAGCCCUUUCUCUGGCAGCAUCAGCAAAGGUUUCAGAAGCUUUGCAUUUUCAUGCUUUUUUUUUUCUUCUAAAGAAAACGCCAGAGAAGACCAAAGACCAGCUGUUUAUACACAAUCCAUCUUAGCAUUCUUGCGUUUCGCUCUCGUCUUUUUAUUUUUACUCUGCGGCAUCAAAGGGCUAAAAGAACCUUCACGCAACCAAAACGCUCGCACUUCUGACACUGUAUAUAACUGAUACGUCUGACUCGCCAGCUGUAACUGUAAAGCUCAAUAAUCGUUGUAGAUAAAAUGUAAGUAAUUUAUGGCAGAAGUAUGUAGCUUCUGCUGCUUUUGAUAUCGCUGGUAGUUUUGUGCGGCCUGCCUCUUAUGCUGUGUUCGUCUGAUGUGUUAAAAUCACACUCACGGUUGUUACCUCAAAGCUGUCAACAGCUCGACGCGUCAAAAGCAGGCACGCGUAUACGUCGCAACCGACAAACAAAGCCGACGAUUAUUUGCAUAUCUUCUUGCUCUUGUAGUACGUGUGUGUGUGUGAAGCUCAAGUUUCCUGUAGGGAAAUCAUGGUGGUUAUAUAUAGCGUUCGACAGAAAGCUGUUGUCAGUGUUUACGGACAGUAACUGCCUCCACGGCAUACGGCUGUUUCUUUGAAUCAUUUAAUUUGACCCGAGUUUGCUGAACUCGCUCAUAACGUCCUCGUUUUCAAUUUUAACCACAUUUUGGCAGCAGUGUCUUUCGCUUCUUAAGUUGGUGCUUUUUGUCGUUUCUGGUUUGAUAUCUGCGUAAUUGUAAUGAACUCGGGAGGAUCUGCUCGUAGCAUGCUGCAAUUGCUUACGCCUGUCACCUCUCAGAUUGUUCUCUCUUGCAUUUUGUGCACCUCACGGCUGAUUCGUUCCGUCCUGAACCAGUGCGAACCGCUUCGUUCUCAGCGAAUGACUGUUUGUUUUAAGAAAAGCCUUGACGAUGGGUCAAUGUUCAGCACAGCUGUCGGCGUCGCUCCGAUAUGUACCGAUGAUGUCAUGGACGCCCACAAGUCGACACGUUGAAUGUUGUUUCGGGGGCGUUUUGGGAGUCGCCUCCUUUCGUUACCACGCAGUGACCUGAUAUCAGCUUAAUCGUAAUCGAGUUCACUAGAAACAAAUUGAUUUUCAUUAGUGAGUUACUUGUGGUUCUUUUCCAUGCGCUGGGCGAAAUAAUAAGCCUGCAAUAUCGAAGAACUCACUGUGAUCGAUUGAAUUUAGUGAUCUGUGAGUGCUUUCCCCGUUUUUGAUAGUCUGCAGUCUAGUCACUUUCCUCUUAAGCUUGUCUGGUUUGCUGGGACUGUUUGUGCCUCUGAAUGUCUGUCCGUGCUCUGUAAUGCGCUGCGAAUGCGUUUUAACAGCUGAUGUCUUUGAGCUCCUCCGAUUUCCCUUGCUAUGAUGCCGCUGUUACUUCUACUGUACAUCAGCACUGAUCAAUACAGUGACGGCACACUGCGCACGCUUCCCCGAAAUCAACUAUGACAUAGUGAGGAUGACUACAUUCACCCCCAGACCAGUUGUUUACAAGCUUAACUAACAGAAAUAGCGAGCCAUAUCUAUUUAAAACUAUUUCUGUUUGAUUUCAUGAUUUGAAACAAAUGAGCCUUUGCCAUGUUGAUGAAAUCGCUGCCCCCUUUCAGAUGAUGAAACUAAUGCUGCACGUCUCUGGACCUACAAAGACUGUUUGGGUAUCGUAAUACCACAUUAAAUAGGCCUUAAAGUUGGAUUUCUGGGCAUGUUUUGGUAUUAAUAGCUUCUAAAAACAAUGCUGUUUUUUUCUAAAGUCAUCCCAGAAUGAUAUACGGAGCGAUAUUGAUCAAGUAAUUUUUAUUUCCAUCCGUUAUCAGAACCAAAAUUGCACGGACUAAAAAGUUUUAAUUGUGCAAAAAAGAUUUUAAACGAUUGUUGGUAACCAGCACGUGUAAACGUUCUAGUCACUGAAACCUUUAUGCAAACGAAGACACGCGUUACAUAAAAAAGCCAUUUAUUGAAUAAUCGAUUGGACCGUGGAGGUGUUUGGCUGAGACGGUUUUUCUCCUUUUGUGGAGGAGUCUCUAAAUUAUUUCCUAAUACCAGCAUAGAUUUCGUACCAUGUACAAGUUUCCAUUGUAAGAGAGUCGUAUCAUAUCAGUAUUUCUCAUUGAGAAAACCUGUUUAAUGCUUGUUACCUGCUUAUGAAGUCACACCAAUCCAAGCGCCAAACUGGAGACGACGGAGUUGAUCCUUACGUGGCUCAAAACUGUUAAGACAUUUGCCUCGUUUUGCUUUUCGAGUUACUGAAUUUGAACAUCUGCGGUGGUCAGAUGCUGUAAUAAGUCUUUUCACUUGUUUUUUCUCUAUGAAAUGUUACGUGGGAACUGUUAACGUAUUGUAUGAUUCUAUAUUCAAUAACGUGUUGGGAAAUCUUGCGCUACGCAUAUAUUUGUGUAAAAACGAAACAAACAAAAAAAAGUCUGCUACUUGUGUGAAGAAGGAAUAACGGUCCUGUCGGACUCUUUGGACCGUUGGGAAGCAGAUCUGUGCGGCCUGAGCUCCCUUUCCCAGAUGAGAAUCGCUCUCUCUGGGAGUUUAUUUCAUAAAGGGACGGAGAGGCUUUUAUUUUUCUGAACUGUCUAAAUACUAUAUUGUAUGUACUGGAAAGAGACAAAACUAUUUUUCAUCUGCACAUGCUACUUUGUUUGUGUAUGUGAUAGAUAUUAAUCUUGUUUUCUAAAGACAAAAAAAGACUCGGAACUAAUAUGAAAGUGAAUAAAAGGCUAUUUUGUUCUUUA